UUCAUCAAGACACAUCCAAGCUUGCCAGAGGUCCCGCAGAUCUCCUCCGAGCGUCUAACCCGUGUGACCGCAGCUCAAGGCACAGAUCCACAUCCGUGCACCCGAGUGCACUCCGGCGUGGGAAUUGUCACUUUUUUGUUUUAGAGAUAAAUCGGAGAAACCAUAUCUCAACAUGCCUCGGUCAUUCCUUGUGAAGAAGUAUUUUUCCAACAAGAAGCCUUACCACAGGGAGAGUCAGUUGGAGAGUCAAACCGCUUUUGUCCCAGAGAGCUUUCCCCGGGCUGAACUUCCAACGCAGAACAACAGCUCUGCCCUGACCUGCUAUCCCAGCAACCCAUUCUACAUGGACCUCCUGCCUGCACCUAUCUCCCCGGUCGACCCCGUGUCUCUGCCUUCAUCACCCCUGGGACCACUGGACCUCAGCAGCUCACCCUCCAGCAGCAGUGGCGAGGAAGAGGAGGACGGUGGGCGCAGUUCAGACCCCCCCAGUCCGGAUGUCCUCCAGUCCGUUUACUACUGUCUCCACUGCAGUAAGAGCUACUCCAGCCUCUCUGCACUGUCCCACCAUCAGACGUCCCACAAACAGCCGUCCCACUGUGUCCCGCUGCACCAGAAGCCUGCUCUGCCCACCGAAGUUUCGACACGCCCGGCCUUCCACUGCAAACACUGCCCUAAGGAGUACAACAGCCUGGGAGCCCUGAAGAUGCACAUCCGCUCACACACUCUGCCGUGCGUGUGCCCCACCUGCGGCAAGGCCUUUUCCAGACCCUGGCUUCUCAGAGGACACAUUCGCACACACACAGGUGAACGUCCCUUCGCUUGUCAACACUGUAACCGGGCCUUUGCAGAUCGCUCCAACCUGCGCGCCCACCUGCAGACCCACUCUGAGGUGAAGAAGUACCAGUGUGGCUCCUGCUCGAGGACCUUCAGCCGCAUGUCACUGCUGCACAAACACAAUCUCUCUAGAUGCUGCCCGGCCUCAUAGACUCACAUUCCCUGGACUGCUCCCUUAAGCCAGUCGGAGCUGCUCGACUCCCCCCCCCGAUAAGUGCCAAUACACCCACAGCCAGGAGGCUGAUGCCAGCUCAUUUCAAAGCCAUGACAAGAAAAACUGUUGCUUUUAUACAACUAAGUGCCUUUUUAAAAUGUCUUGACUCUGUAGGUCUAUCUCUUUUUCAUAUUGGGUAAUCCGCAACACAUUUUUGCCGUGUCAUGCCAACUUUGUUUGUUUGUUUGUGUGUGUGUGUGAUUUGAGGGCAGCUGGACAUGCAGUUAAUUCCCAGGAAACUCCACUGGUGCCGGCCGGUCCGGGACUGUGGCCAUGGUGCAGCUGCUUGGGCGUGUUUGUGUGAGUGUGUGUCUGUGGUGGACGCGGGGAUGUCAUUCCUCACCAUACUAUACAUACAUGGCAUGUGUGUGGAAAUGAGCAAGUGUGUGUGUUGGGACAGCUGUCUGUGUAUGGUGCACUGUGGAGGCAGGGCGCUGAGAGACGUGUUAGCUGUGACCUCGACGACAGGUGACCCUCCGCCCGCCACAAACACUUUCCACACGCGCUCCUCGUGUCAUUGGACAUGAAAGGGCCACUUAAGCUUGACCAAAAAAAAAAAGCCUUCAACAAUAUUGUCAUUUACUAACACUUUUUGGGGGGGAGGAUGUUGACCUACAGGUUUUUUAUAAACUGUUUGGUGAACGUGAAAAUCAUAUGGGAACUCUGUGCCUUUUUUAAGGUUGUGUAUUUUUCAGCCACCUGUAAAUA